CUUUUCCAAUAUUUAAAAGGAUGUCCAACAAAACGAGAUAUAUUAUCUUUCUUUGUGUGUUUUUUAUGUGAGUGUAUAUAUCUAUAUGAAUAAAAAGGAUAAUUUAUUCUAUUUUUGGAUUUAGUCAACUUCAUGCGAUGUUAUUUCAUUCCUUGCAUACUGCCCCGAGCCAUUUUCGUCCUAACACAGACCCCAUUUGUAUUUCCGCAGAAAGUUAUUAUUACUUAUUUUAAUUCAGUCAUCCACACGCUUUUAGGUCAGCUGACGUUUAAAAAAAAAUAGGAAACACCAAAAGUGGCUUUUCCUUAGAGCUUGCGGCUUUAUAGCAGAGCGCCUUGAUUGGGGCCAGCAUUGUGGAUUAGUUUGUUGAGGGUGAUGCUAUGGUUCCCCUCUCGAUCUGGAUGGUUAGCAGACAUUUUUAUUGUCCAUUACUUGAUUUUAUCGCAUCGCAUUGGUAGAAUUUCGUAUUGUAGUGUUGAAACUCACAACCCUUCCAUCCUCCUUUUCAAUUACACCACAUUGCUUAUAGAGAAAGAGAUGAGGGAUGACAGCUUUUUUUGAAGUCUAUUCCUUAAUUCGGUUUCCUAAUUUAUCCUUCGUUGUAGAAACUUCAAAAGUGUUUAUUGUUAUUAUCAUAAAUACUAUUCUUGUGAAAAUCCCAAUAAUACCGAAACGAAGUGAAUUCCAAGGAAUCCUAAAGGAGUUGACCGUAUGA